GGCUGAAACCUCAAGCCAAGAUUGACGGAUCUGAACAUCCAUCACAAGCCCGAUAUAGCUAGCUUGUUAAACAAGAUAUUUAACUGAAGCUAAUCUAGAUGACCGACACGUCUGGACCAGGGCCCUCAGACCUUAUAAGAGACGAGCUGCCGAUGAUCAGCUCAGAAAACUAGCUCCAAACGCUUACAAAAUGAGUAGUCUGCGCUGCAAGAUCCUACAAUUGGCUGUACUGCUGGUGCUGGCUGCUUUGCAGAUGGGUGCAGAUCAUUUGGACAGCGAUGAGUGCGGUUGCGGGCGGCGAGGUUGAGAUGAGACAUCAAUAAACAAGCGACGAGCAAUGCA